AUGAAGGAGAUGGUAGGAGGAUGCUGUGUAUGCUCUGAUGAGCGUGGUUGGCCCGACAACCCGCUAGUCUAUUGUGAUGGAAACGGGUGUACUGUCGCAGUCCAUCAAGCCUGUUAUGGGAUAAUUGCAGUUCCCACAGGACCCUGGUUCUGCAGGAAGUGUGAAAGUCCCGAAACUAAAGGCAAAGUCAGAUGUGAACUCUGUCCAUCCAAGUCUGGAGCUCUGAAGAGGACAGAUACUGGUGGAUGGGCUCACGUUGUAUGUGCACUGUACAUACCGGAAGUGAGAUUUGGCAAUGUAACAUCUAUGGAGCCAAUUGUAUUGAGACUCAUACCCCCCGAACGAUACAAUAAGAUUUGCUACAUUUGUCAGGAUUUGGGCAAGACUCACCGUGCCAAUGCUGGUGCAUGUAUGCAGUGUAAUAAAAACGGAUGCAGACAACAGUUCCACGUGACUUGCGCCCAGGCUCUAGGCUUAUUGUGUGAAGAAGCUGGGAAUUAUCUGGACAACGUCAAAUACUGUGGUUAUUGCCAGCACCACUACAGUAAACUGAAAAAGGGCGGAAAUGUGAAGACAAUACCGCCAUACAAGCCAGUCUCUCACGACAGUCAGUCGAGUGACUCGAGUGGUGAGAAAGAGGGCGAGGCGUCUCCUAUGGCCACUGGCAGCGGGACUCCGACUCACGCCACAAAAUCUAAGGGGCCUGGACGUAAAGCAUCGCAUUCUUCGUCCGCGUCAAACAAGAACGCACCGAGCUCGUCGAAAACUCCUCUCUCUUCACAAACACAAGAUAAGAAGAAACCGUCGCCGAAUCGCCGCGGCUCUUUAGCCGGUGACGCGGGCAGCGGAAGUAAGAAUAACACUCCGGCGCCGUCACCUCAGCACAACGUUGAAACACAGGGGCAGAAAGAAGUUGGAGGUAAAAGCAAAAAUAGUACUCCGGCGCCGUCCCCUCAACAUACGCCAGAACCUACUCAAGAGCAGACAAAAGCAUCAGGUGGAAGUACACCAGGUCCGUCUAAGGUGCCCUUGCCAGCGGCAUCACCAAGUACCAAGUCCGUGGAGCCAGUGGGUGUUAUCAGCUCAGUUGCCUCUGCUUCACCCGCUAAUAGUGUCCCAACUAUAACGCCGCCGGCGAGUUCAUCAGCCACCACCUCCGUGGUUCAAGUGGCCAAUUCGAAGCCAACAUAUCAAGAGUCUGUAAUAACGAACACUGAGGCGGUGGAGACGAAACAAACGAAGAAACGGAAGGCUAUGUCUGCGACGAACGCGCAGACAAACGCAGAGUACAAUCCCGCACCUUCCCCCCAAAUUCCCCCACCACCGCCACCACCGACUGAGACGAACACACAAAACUCGAGCAGUUCCUGGGAAAGUUCACACGCACCAAACGAAACACACAUAGAUAUGGACAAAGUUAUUAAGAAGGCGAAGAUGGAAGGCCCAGACGCUAUCCCAGCGCCGAUGCACUUUGCCAGCGUGAGCCAAGCACCGCCUCCUCCACCAGCGCACAGCCCGGCUUUACAACCGAGCCCAAGACACCUACCGAGUCCAAUGCCCGGACCCAGCGGUAUGAACCAAAUGACGAAUAUCCGAUCUCCAUCGCACAUGCAGAUGGUCGGACCCCCGACUGAGGUUCCAGGACCGUCGUCCUUGAUGUACCAUCAAGCGCAGAAGCAAAUGGUAUACUUUCAGGCUGCGAUGGAGCAGAGUGUACCCACUCACGCGUCGCAUAUGCCGGGCCGAUCAGCUUGGGGUGGUCUAAAUGUUACAUAUGAAUUGCAGGAUCCAAACAAAACCGGAGUGAACAUGGCUGGACCCAGCAAGGACCCGAUGGGGCCAGCCAUUAGCCAAAUGCCACCAGUGCACCGGAAUAAAAAACGUGCUAUCGCCCACACUGCCACCUCCAUCGUCGCUAUGACGAACCCAGCUCCGCAGUCCUCUAUGCAAACGACGGCGCAGAACUUGGCUAAUGUUCGUCGUCCGCCUUUGCCGACGCCACCGCCGAUGUACCACGAGCAAAACAUCAAGGAAUCUCCACCGAGCUCUCCCAGUUCGGAACGACCACUGAAGCCAAAGUUUGAAAGCAAGAUGCAUGUAAGCUGCAGCGCGCCUCACAUGCUGGGUAACGAGCUGAACCCCGAGAGCGGAGCAGCGGCACGUCUACAAGAGCAGCUAAGCGCUGAACUAGCUGCGCACGCGGCGGGCACGUCAGGCCCGGAGCCUCUUAUACCACCGCCGCUAAUUAACAAAGCAGCUCCUAUGGCUGGUCCAAGUACAAGAAGUGGCUCAAGUGCCCAAAGUCUCGAUCAACUUCUGGAAAGACAGUGGGAACAGGGAUCUCAGUUCCUUAUGGAACAGGCUCAACACUUUGACAUUGCCUCGUUGCUGUCCUGUCUGCACCAACUACGAACAGAGAAUGUACGUUUAGAAGAACACGUCGGCAAUUUACUGCAGCGGCGCGAUCACUUAUUGGCUGUCAAUGCCCGACUAGCUAUACCGCUGACCGCUGUGACUUCAGGACCCCCCGAGCCACCACGAUGCCCGCGGGAAAGCUCUGCGCAGGUUCGCCCACCACCGCCAGUUAGGGCGCCCGACGCGCUCAACGCUGAAAGACAACACCAGUCUCUUGCUAUGGAUCAAGUGAACAGAUACUUCUGA